AUGGUUCUUAUGCUGCUGAUGCUUAGUGUUGAACGAUGCACAAACGAUCAACUCUUUGAGACAAAAAACGUUUUUGUUGGAGAGGAAGUGGAACUGUUGUGUCCACGCGAGCGAGAGUCAACCCUGACGUUCCUGUACUGGUUCAGGCUGGUCUCUGGACGUUCUCCUGAUUUCAUUGGAGGAACAUUUUCCUUUGAUGAUGACGGUAUAAAAGAGAUUCCUCGCAUCACAGCAAAACAAGGGCCUGGAACUUACCUCCUUCACAUUAAAGAAACAGAUAUGAAUGAUACUGGAUUUUACUACUGUAUGAAAACACGCGGCAUUAACUUGACAUUUCUUAAAAGAAUUAUUCUGACUGUUACAGCUCCAGAACCUGAAAUAACUGAAGAGCAAACACCUGGUCCAGUCCCUCCUGAAGAUUCUGUGACCCUCCAGUGUUCCGUUCUCUCUGACUCUGACAGCGGAACGUGUCCACGUGCUCAAGGUGUUCAUUGGUUCAGACCUGGAUCAGACGGGUCUCAGGCCCGAUUCAUUUUUACUGAGGGGGACAGUGGUGGUGAAUGUGAGCGCAGACCUGAGAUCCAACCUCCACAGAAAUGUGUCUACAACUUCUCUAAGACCAUCAGCUCGUCUGACGCUGGGACUUAUCACUGCGCUGUGGCCACGUGUGGACAGAUACUUUAUGGAAAUGGAACAAAGCUGGACAUAGACGGUAACUGUCCCACACUCAUCCUCCUGCUGAUCUGAUGUGGAGGAUAAGUGUUUGUCUAACUUCAUUUCAUGUACAUUUCAUGCUUCAGUCGUCAACAGCUGUGACUCACACAGAGACAACACGGUUCUGUUUCUGCUGUGUGUCGCUUUGGCUACAAGUCUCAUUGUUAUAAUGGGCCUUGUUUGUGCUGUCAUCAAUACCUCUACACAUUGUUGCAAAGGUAAGAAACAUUGCUCAUGAA